UAAACGACGAUCGCAAUUCCCAUCUCUUUUACCUUCCUACACUUUACCCUUUUUAUCGAGCUUGCCAUCUUUUUCUCAAUUCUUCGUUUCUCGCUUCUUUCCUCUUCCACCCUUUUCGUAUUCCGCCCCUCCCCCUUCUCCUCCACCCCGCCCCGCUCUCUCUCUCUCUCUCUCUUUCUCUCUCUCUCUCGCUGUCUUUUCUUUAAAUAUAUAUCCUUAUCGCGCGAUCGCAACGAGAGAGUCAGAGUUUUUGUCUUUGGUGCGAGCUCGGAUCUUUGUGAGUGCGACAACUCGUUCGACGAUCCCCACGAAGACCUGUGGCAUCUUUCCAAGAGACUCCUUUACUUUUAUCGCUUAUUUAAUUUUGUGUAGUGUGCCUAACUCGCCGCUAAUAAGAUCGGCAAGGAUCGCGGUGGAUCGAUUUCAUUCUAGGGUGAUCAAGUGUAUUUUAUAACCAGUCGCCCUGCGCCGAUAGGAAUUGAUGGCCGGGUUGCGUUCGUUGCGUCGAGGAUCGACGCUAGACCGUUGGCAUCCACGCGUCGAUGAUCUACAUGCGAUCGACGCGUACGAUCGAUCCUUCCUGGACGAGAUUUUCCAACAAAUUCGAAUCUCAUCGAGACGUUACCAAAGCCGUAACAUCGGAUCUGCCGAUCGCGAGAUCAUCGGAGAGCCAAGGGAAUAAGGAAACUAGGAAAAGGAGAAAAGAUGACCGAGACAAUGUCCGAAGAUUACGAGGUAGUCCCGAGGAGCGACGGGUCGUGCGAGGACGCGGAAACGCAAGCGGACUUUGGAAUGCCGGGUUGGGAAGCGGCGGUUGCUUCCCUCACUCUCGGAUUCAUCGUUCUAGCUACGGUUCUGGGCAAUUCAUUGGUAAUCCUGAGCGUCUUCACCUAUAGGCCCCUGAGAAUAGUCCAAAACUUUUUCAUCGUUUCACUUGCGGUAGCCGAUUUGGCCUUGGCGAUCCUUGUGAUGCCAUUCAACCUAGCUUACCUCCUUCUCGGUAAAUGGAUCUUUGGUAUACACUUUUGCAAGCUCUGGCUGACAUGCGACGUUCUCUGUUGCACCGCGAGCAUACUCAAUCUCUGCGCGAUAGCUCUCGACCGUUAUUGGGCCAUUACCGAUCCGAUUAAUUACGCGCAGAAGCGUACGCUUAAGAGAGUUCUUGGAACGAUAGCCGGAGUUUGGCUCCUGUCCGGUGCCAUAAGCUCCCCACCUUUGGCAGGAUGGAACGAUUGGCCGGAAGAACUCGAGGACGACACGCCAUGUCAGCUUACCAGAAGGCAGGGCUACGUGAUUUAUUCGGCGCUCGGCUCCUUCUUCAUACCCCUAUUCCUGAUGAGCCUCGUUUAUCUCGAGAUAUUUCUCGCUACGAGAAGGAGAUUGCGCGAACGUGCUCGACAGAGCAGACUCGGUGCCGUUCAAUCUACGAGACACCGGGAGACCGACGACGCCGAGUCCGUAAGUUCCGAGACGAAUCACAACGAGAGAUCGACGCCGCGGACGCACGCAAAGCCCUCGCUGAUCGACGACGAGCCGACCGAGGUGACGAUCGGCGGUGGUGGCGGUGGUGCCACCGGCAGCGUCACCGGCAAUUCUCGACGAGUCGCAUCUGCCAGCGGUGCUGGACAAACCCCACCUACCACCGCCACGGUCUACCAAUUCAUCGAGGAACGACAGAGAAUUUCUCUCUCGAAGGAGAGACGCGCCGCGAGAACGCUCGGCGUCAUCAUGGGCGUCUUCGUGGUUUGCUGGCUACCCUUCUUCCUCAUGUACGUCAUCGUCCCAUUCUGCCCGGCUUGCUGUCCCUCCAUCAGGCUCGUUUACAUCAUCACGUGGCUGGGUUAUCUCAACAGCGCUCUCAAUCCUCUCAUCUAUACCAUAUUCAAUCUCGACUACAGGCGAGCUUUCCGAAGGCUAUUGCGCAUUCGCUGAUUGUGAGAUCGAACUUUGAUUCUCCUCUGUCCAUUUCUCCUCUGUCCAUUUCUCCUCUGUCCAUUUCUCCUCUGUCCAUUUCUCCUCUGUCCAUUUCUCCUCUGUCGAUUUCUCCUCUCCUCUCCUCUCCUCUUAUCUUAUCUUUCUAUUUCCGUCUUCGCAUCGAGGUUGAUUCGACGACCAUCGUUGAUGCUCCUUCUUCUUCCUCCCGAAAAUCGAAACCGAAUUAUACGAGCGGAAGAAGAGCACGCCUAGUGAGAGAAAGAAUACUCUCCUUUGAUAUAGAGUAACGCGUUUAAAAGCAUUUCUCUUACCUUGAAAGAAACUCAAGUACGUACACGGCAAAUUAUUCGGAUACGUUUGAGCUCUCCGGUGCACGCUGCGAAUAAUUAUGCGAUCUCUUUACUCGUCCCACCGGACGAUGCUUCUAUUAAUUUGCUCUGUUCGUUCGAAAAAUGACGCGGCAUUAAUCAAAUUCCAGCCGGAGAAAUUUUUUAGAGAAAAGGGCUUGGGAAUUGGGAAGAUAGAUGGGUAGAUAGACAGGUAGGUAGGUAGAUAGAUAGAUAGAAAGAGAGAGAAGUCUGGCCGACAAAGAGAAAACGACUUUGAUCGGAUCGAAGAAAAACUCAUCAUGAAAUUAAGUAUCAACGGGCAAGAUAUAUUUGUCGACUUUGUUAAUUAAUCUCAUCACGUUUCUUCUUAUAUACGUCCGUUAGUUCGAAUUAAAUCGUUGUUUUUCCUGAUAUUAAAGCGAUUCAUUUUAUAAUGCGACAUCUUUCGCGUUAAAUCGUUAAUUCGUUUUUGAGGCAAACUACGAAACUAGUUGUUUUAUCUGUUCGUAACGUUCGAAAUCAAUCGAAUAAUCGGAUCACGUCCGUUCCAAUAAUUUCUUUUUAUUCUCUUAUGAAAACUUAACAUCGAAAAUCCAUCGACCAUGAUAUCGGUCUAAUGAAAGGAUGCUAGGCUGGGGGAGGAACAACUGUGCUUAAAAUCACAUUCUUGUCCAUUCGUAUUUACUCAUAUCCUUAAUGAUUUUCGAUAAUCUCAAAUUGUCUCAAAUUUUCGUUAAGAAAAAAUAACAUAAACGAACGCGCAUUUAAUAUGUAUUUAAUCAAUGCGUCGUAACGUUCAAGUUAAGAUUUAAAGUUUGAAAACGUAAGAUUACGAUUUAUUUUCACGCAUAGGAGUUUGAAUGAAAACCUUGUUAUUUUUGUCGAAAAAGAUCGAUAAGGACGGGCAAUUAACGUGGACUGUCUUUUGGAUUGAAAAGCAAAGAAAAUAGUAGUAAAGAUUUAAUUAGUUAACAAGUCAGCCUCUCUCUCUCUCUCUCUCUCUCUCUCUCUCUCAUAUCGCAGGAACCGGCCAACUACCAAAUUCGUUAAAACUCAAUCGAUGAAAUUGGGACGGCGAACAAUUUUCGUAGAAACGAGUAAACGAACAUCGUCGAGAACAACACUCGCUAGUUCGUAAGAAUUUCUCGUUGAAAAUGCAAACAAUUGCAUAUGUCUUUACGGAGGAGGGAAGAAACGAUGCUUCGAGAUAACGAGUAAUCGCGAAGAAAAAACAAAAGAAAUAAAUAAAAAUCGUAUGGUCCGCUCGAGGAACGAAAAAAUGUCUAAAAUAAGGUUAUAGAAAAACAUAUGGUUGCCGAUUAUAUCGAUUAAAGGAAAAUUCGUUUGGCAAUCAAUGCGCAUGACGUUUAUCUUAAUGCACGGUUGUGCAUUGAUAUAGUUUAAUAAACACGUGUACACUGGCUGUACACCGAUUGUACACUGGCUGUACAUUGGAUUUUCCGUAAAACUAAGAUUACUCGUGUGUUAGGUGUCUUAUAUGGCACGCUUACUUACGUUCGAGAAAAGUCACGUAGGUAUAAUUGACGAGUAUAAUUGACGAGUAUAAUCGACGUUACGUAAAGUCGCACAUUUCCCAGUACGGAUACGUUCGGAUAGAGUUCGCGAUCGCUCGACUUUUAGAUGGUACCAUCUAGGAGACGGAGAAGAGAUUUUUAUCCUAGAACGUAGGAACGAAUAGAAUCGUUCUCUUGGGGAAUCUGAAGAAAAUGGUUAGAAAGGAUUCUUAAGAAAAUCGAUUUCGAGCAGAGAUUUUCCAAUAUUACGAUAUCUCGUUGACUUUCGGUGCCUUCCUUCUUGAACGAAGUAUUAUCGAACGAAGGGAAAGAAGAUCCUUCUUCCUUCGUAUGCGUUUAUGAUUUUUUUUUGUACCUUUCCUAUGAUAAGGAGAGAACGGGAGAAGGUGAGACAAUUUGAAUUAGCGGUUUAUUAGUCAAAUGGAACGUUAAUUCCCUAUUGGUGCUUAACUAUUCGCUUUAAGCCGGCCGAUCGAUCAUAAUGAAGUAUUAAUGACUAAAUGUGGGAGACAUUUCGGAAGAUCGGUCCAAUUAUUCAACGAAUGGAAUUCUCUGACACGGGGCCGAAUUUCCCGAGACUAGUACGCGAGUCGAGUAGAAUCGAAUUGAGAGCAAGGGGAGUGAGCGAGGGAGGGCAGGUGGGGACAGGUGGGGACUUUCACAGUGGUUAAUUAAAAAUUUCAUUGUCCCUGAGGUAUCGUCUCUCGUCUCCCUUGAAACUUUUCUUCUACGGCAGAAUAUCGUCUUCUGCUAUUCCCUCGGAAAGAAAGGGACUCAUUGGGAAAAUGUACGUAUAAGCCAUGAGAUACGAGGCGAGACAAUAGACAGAUCUUUCUUUAUUUUUUCAUUUAUAAUUUUCAAAUGCGCCUAUCGAAAGACGACGACUCGGCGAUGUAGGCGAGACCAGGUUUAAUGCUUAUUUAACGAAACGAAAAGAAAUAAGUGAAAAUCGAUUUGAAUGUUUUUUAUAAUUCGUCCUUAGCAAAUUCUCCGAUUCUGUUAAGAAACGUGAUUAUGCGAUUCUAACGAAUGGAUCAUAUUUAACGGGUUUUGUAGUCGGACAAAGUAUUGAUAAGAUCAAAGCCCAUGCUGGAAAUAAUUAGAAAAAUUCUCCAACGUGUCGAUUGUUCUGAGUCAAUUCGGGAAUCCUCGUCAAUUCCCCUCUUGUAGUUUUAUCGUCUGCUUAUUCGUCUUUCUCUCUUCCGACCAUUAAAUCCCCACCCAUUUUCACACGAAUCGACCCUUUCAAAUUCGUUUCUAAUUAACGUUACGAGCGGAGUUUCGUAGCGCUGCCGUCGUCUCGGAUUAAAUCGUAUUUAAUCGAAAUUCGAAUUUAAGGGAAUAAACCUUUUUCUACGCAUGCGCACACUCCCGUCUACAUAAACGAUGAAAAAUUAUUUCUCUUUUUUUACUUGUAUUCUACCUCUUUAAAAGCUUUCUUCUUUCUACUCACAAUCGAUGUAGAAGAGUAAAAAAUGCUCUCAUAUUUGCUCUCAUGUUUAUUCGAAUUAAAUUACUCUCUCUCUCUCUCUCUCUCUCUCUCUCUCUCUCUCUCUCUCUCUCUCUCUCUCUCUCUCUCUCUCUCGCUCGCUCGCUCGCUCGCUCGCUCGCUCU